GCUGUUAAGCGAAACGUGAGGACCGCGCCGUUGACUGAGUACGAAUGUUUGUGGUGAAAUCGAGGUGUUGGCCGCUUUAUGGAACUAUUCGAACUUUCAAGAUGAGCAGCUCGGUGGCGGCCACUAUAGCCUCCGCCACGGAUCCCCUGACAGGCCCCCGAUAUGAGCGUGAACCCAAUGUGCUGCGCAAGAAGCUGGCCUCCGUGGUUCCCGGCUCUGUGAAUCUCCAAGUGCUCGGUGCCGGGGCCAACGGGGCACCCGCCGCCGUUUACAUGUUUACGGAUCAGGCACGCUACCUCUUCAACUGCGGAGAAGGAACUCAGAGAUUGGCUCACGAGCACAAGACUCGCCUGUCCCGACUAGAGCAGAUCUUCGUUACCCGCAACACGUGGGCUGCUGUGGGUGGACUGCCAGGACUGGCGCUUACAAUCCAGGAUGCUGGUGUGAGAAACGUUGGACUCCACGGGCCCCCACACCUCAGUACGAUGCUACAGUCCAUGCGGCGCUUUGUGGUGCUGAAGAACCUUCAGAUGCAGACAAUUGACUGCUCCGAGGGCGGGAGCUUCGAGGACUCCAUCUUAAAGGUGGAUUCCCUGCCUCUGUUCAGCUCGGUGGAUCCCGACAAGAGCGUUGUCAACUACAUUUGCCAACUGAAGCCGCGACCGGGAGCUCUCAACCUGGUAAAGUGCGUGGAGCAGGGAGUGCCGCCGGGUCCACUGCUGGGAAAGCUGAAGAACGGCCAGGAUAUCACACUGCCGAAUGGAACUGUGGUACGCUCGGCGGAUGUCACCGAGGCCAGUGAAACGCACCUCUCGUUUGUUUUCCUGGACGUGCCCUCGGAGGAUUAUGUGGCAGGACUCCUGGCUCAAGCGAAACGCAUUAAAGAACUUGGAGACCAGAAACUCACAGAGGUAGCCUUAGUGGUUCAUUUUACACCUGAGCUGAUAGCGUCACGCACAGACUACAAGGAUUUUGUGGCCCAGAACUUCUCGACGGACACACAGCACAUUUACCUCGGCUCCCCGAACAAUCAGUUCUCAGGAUAUGCUGCUGCCCAUCGCAUCCAGCAUCAGCUCCAUCAACUGGCUCCCCAGGUGUUUCCGCUACUGAACGAACAGUUGCCGUGUCAGAGUCAAAACCUCAGCCAGAACCUGAAGAAAACCAAGCUAGACGAGAAAGAUCCAGAAGAGGAGGAGCAGGAGAAGCCAUCGAAUGACGAUAGUGCCGAACAGGGUGUUGUGUCCAUGACCAGUUUCCACUUGAGGCCAAAAAAAGGUCUAGAUCGCACCCUCGAAGCCAAGCUCACGCCCGAAGAGUACGUCAAGGAGACCCAUGCUGUUCCAGGCUUCACGGAACUGCUCGCAAAGUUCAAAGAGGAGUACUCCUUUCCGGCCAGCUCGGCCAACAGCUAUCCAAAAAUAAUCUUUCUCGGAACAGGGUCAUGUAUUCCCAACAAGACCCGCAACGUUAGCUCCAUUCUAGUUCAGACUGCGGCCGAAGCCUACGUCUUGCUGGACUGUGGCGAAGGGACCUUUGGCCAGAUUGUGAGGCUUUACGGCAGAAGCAAAGCGGAAACAGUUCUCGCUCAACUCCAAGCCAUUUAUGUAUCCCAUCUGCAUGCCGACCAUCACAUUGGUCUGAUCGGCCUCCUCCGGGAAAGAAGGAAGCUGAAGCAGAAGGUCGAUCCCCUGAUUCUGCUGGCCCCGCGGCAGAUCGAACCAUGGCUGGAGUUCUACAACCGCCAGAUCGAGCCCAUUGAGGACUCGUACAACCUGGUGGGCAAUGGAGAACUGCUGGAAAGUCCUCUGACCGGCGAGAAGGUGGAGCCCCUGGGUAUCACCGCUAUAGGCACCUGUCUGGUGCGGCACUGUCCCAACUCCUUUGGCAUCAGUCUCACCUUGGCGGCCCAGCAUGAAGGUGAACCCAUAAAGAUCACCUACAGCGGCGACACGAUGCCCUGCCUGGACCUCAUCGAGCUGGGUCGCAAUUCCACGGUGCUAAUCCACGAAGCCACAAUGGAAGACGACCUGGAGGAGGAGGCGCGAGUCAAGACGCACAGCACAGUCUCGCAGGCGAUUCAGCAGGGCCGCAACAUGAACGCCCGGCACACCAUUCUCACCCACUUUUCGCAGCGCUACGCCAAGUGCCCGAGGCUGCCGGAUGCCGAGGACAUGAAGCAGGUGGCCAUUGCCUUCGACAACAUGCAGGUGACCGUCGACGAUCUGCAGCACUACCACAAGCUGUACCCCGCCCUGCUGGCCAUGUACGCCGAGUACACGGAGGAGUUGGAGCAGCGGGCUGUAAAGCGGGAGCUGAAGCAGGAGAGGAAACGGAAAAUGGAGCAAACGUGA